GUCAGACCAUUCAACCUUAACGUCUCUUCUUAUUUUAUCUAAUUGUUGUUUGUGCUUCCACAUCAAGUGGGCUUCUAUAUUUGCUUUAGUGACAUCUUUAAUUUGACGCUCGCACAAAUUACGCAAAAGCGUGCAAAAAACCAUUUUUCUCUUCUGAAAUGCCGGUAAAUUUCGCAAGUCUUUUUCUGCCACUUUUUCACAUCUUCUUUUAUAAUAGUUUCGUGCAGUUCAACCAAGUUAUUUUUCGCCUUUACAAAGUCGUACGGAAUAAUUUUAAUAGUUGUGCAAAGCUCGCACUUUACUUGAUCACUAUUUAAUAUUUUAAAAUGUUUCCACACCGGAACACAUUCAGGAAACAACAAAUAUGACAUUUUAUGUUCUCUCCGGUGUGACAGACCGUGUUAUACUGAAUAUGACAUCGAUUAUUAUCAAGAGGUAAGGUGAAACAUUUUGGAAAAGGUCUAAGGGACACAUGUGAACGUUUACCAAACAAUUGUUUGAGUUAAAAGGUAAAAAAAAUGGCGUGUGAGUUCUAGCGUUAAAUACGCUUACGCAUACUGUCUUAAUACAGCAGUAACUAUACAGCAGUAACGGCACACGCAUACAAUAUCGUUUCAGACGGGCAACAAAAAUUCCUUCUCCUUCAACGUAGUUUCCGAGAGAAGUCCCCGCUCGAUCAGUUGACAAACAGCUGAUAAACAACUGAGACAAAGCGUGAAGACAAUGUGAAGAGAAACUCAUUUUUCAUCUUUGUAUCGGUUAUUUAUCUGUCCUAAAAGGACGGGUUGGCCGCAAUUCUUCCUCUCGCUCGUCUCGAUUUCUUCUAGAGUAGAGCUCAUAUUCCAGUUAUAAUUUACUACGUUUACACGGCGGAUACCAUAAAAUAGCGGUUGUCAGCUGACAAAGCGGAUGGACUCCAACUGUCAUCGCAUACCCUUUCGCCCUUGGAUAGCCUUUCCUUCGCUAUCCUUCAAAUAUUCCUAGUACUACACUUACUACUCUACUCUACUACUACUACUACAAUAUAUUCUUCAAUGUUUUCUAAUAGACUUAUUUAUUUUUUUACAGUUGCUCGACCGUCCGCAGAAGAUCUUGAAGCCAUAGGUCUUCAGGGCUUUCAGGGAGAGGGCCGCAAAGAUCAGGGCAGCAAAGUGGGCGCUCUUAGCAUCCCUACUUUUGCUUCCCUUUACGAUAACCCACUCCCUGGCCGCCAGACUCGUGUUUUGUCUUUCGAGGAGCUUUGCUAACUAAAUUUGUUUUUCUUUCCUCUCCAUUCGCGUACACACAAAUACACACACAUACAUUUUAAAGAAAUGAUUUAAUUUCAGAAAUUAAUGAGAUUACUUCCCAAUAGUCUUACAGGACAAGACACUAAUUUUAGAAUAGAUCUCCUCGGUUGACAAAUCCGGCUCCUCCAUGUAAAUUAUUAUUACCCGAUGACGUUUAAGCAGCUCAUCGGCAGUGCACGCAAAGGAGCGUUCUCAAUUUUAAUUUCGGUUAAUAGGCUUUUUAGCCAGUCCAUCGAUUGUUCGUUGGCGUAAUUAAAAAUAAUGCCUGCGUAAUCCCUUCUUAAAUGCCUGUGAGGGAGAGGCGCACCUUUGGGAAGUUCGAGAAUGUGUCCCCUGACCUAUUUCUUAAUCACAUCCACCCUACCGGCACCUAAUUUCUUUUCAGAGUAGCUCUCUUAGGACUUUGUACAAGACGAUAGCAGAUAAUACCAGGAAAUACACAUACAUCUUUUUCUCCAAAAAAGCAUUUUAAAUGAAAAUUUUUUCCACUAUUAUUUGGUGGCCCAAUUAUGUUAGGUGCAGUAUAUGUUAAGGGCUCUUUUCUCUGGACAAAUUUUUUCUUCACAAAUUGAUAGACAAAGUCAACAUUACUCUCUUCUACGGAUACUCUGCCGAUGUAGGGAUAUCGACUACAACUUUCGCAAUUUAAAGUCGUCAUUGUCUCUCUAAAAGAAGAUAAAAAAUAUGGAGAAAAUAAUCUUUUCUUUUUUAGCAUAUGCUAAAAUGCAUUAUAAUAUUAUAUAUAUUUAUAAUUAUAGCGAGAUUAUAUAUCCCUAUAUUUCCUCCAACCCGCCCUUUCGGUCCCCACGAGUUUCUAACACUCGUUUGUUGCGGAAAACAAAUGAUUGUGACAAACAAUUUGUUUGUUCGUGAGUUAUAAUUUUUUAGCCAGUUUCAUCAUUUCCGAUUAAUAUAAUCGACCGAUUAAGUGCCAACCAUGAUUGGUCAAUCUGCUUAACGACAAAUGCGAUUUAUAGUCAGUUCCAAUGGAAUAAUCGGCCGAUUAAACUAAUCGUAGAUGAUGAAACUGGCCCUUAGUCGCUUGGGCAUACAACCUUUGGUCAGUAACCUUAGGUCUCUUGCCCAAGCAACUAUCUUGCGAUGGAUUGAGAGUACUAUAAUCCGACCUGACACACGCUUCUGCGUGCUGACCGCAUCACACCCCCCCUUGUCUUCAAAAUCUUAGGCAACUGCAGAGGCACGGUUUUUCAGCAUGUCUCUCCCUCUGCAACUGCUUUUUAUAACAUCCGGCGACGCCGGUAUAACAGACUCGGGUCUCUUGUUAGAUCCGAUUCUGCAGCUAUAAACUCCUCCAAUCGUUGGGUCAACCACGCUUUGGAAGACUUUAUUUAAAUUAUUGUUAACAUUUAGUUUUAUUUUAAUUCCACGGAUUUAACAUUUAGUUUUAUUUUAAUUACACGGAUUUAACAUUUAGUUUUAUUUUAAUUCCACUGAUAUUAUAGUUGCGCGAUAUAAGUACAAACCCGGGCAGAAUCGCGAAUGCCCGAGGUUUGUGCUUUCAAAGAACCCGGCGUCUGGGAGGCACCAUCCGCGACACGGCUCUCCCUGCGCCACGCAUGGCCGUGCCGUCGUCGGCAUUGCACUUACAACUUGCCUUAGGGAGUUCCUCUUCGUAGAUCGAAUUCAGUUACACCACUUGACCGGGUGCACCUGAAUACGAUUGCACUAUUAAAUCUAUUAUAUAUAUUAUAACUAUUAUAUCUAUUAUAUCUUUUAAACAUUAGAUUUAGAUGUUGCAAACCUCUGCGAAUUGAAUUUUGUAUUGCGCCGAAAAAAAUGUUAAUAGAUAAGGGAUAGUUUUGUCAUUAGCUUGCCAAUCAGAUAUCGUCAGGAAUCUUACUCAUCUCUGAAGUUAAAAUUCUGUUAAAGUUUAUUUGAAUGGAAGGAGAAAUAAGAAUGUCAAAAGCAAGGAAGAGAAGAAUUAACGUUAGUUAGAGCUAGAUCGAAUAUUAUUUAAAUUCAAAGAUUUAUCGAUAUUUAGUAGUUUCACAAAAGUACAUGAAAAUAAGCUAUCGAUCAUCAAAAAGGAACAGUUGUAUUCCUGUUUGACACAAUUGUGCGAAGACGUUUAACUCUAACUGACAGAUAUUUGUCUCUAAAUUUUCGUCGCAUCAGAUGGCGCGUUCGCCAGACUUGUAGAGAUCUCGAAUAUUUGGUCAAUUCUUGUAUUGCGGUAACCAAUAAUAUCGGCAGCCAAUUAAUUAGAUUUAUUGCGGAAUUAAUUGCGGUUUUAUACAAUCGAUUAGUCAUUAGUCGUUUGAUCGAUUCGGUAUAGCGAAUCCGUCUCGUUUUGAGUGAUUCUCCCGAUGAUCCGCUUCUAUGUCCUGCAGUGAAUUAUUCGAUAGCUACACAACAAAUUGUACAGUAAUUGUGGGAAGAUCAUUUUUGCUGGAUCAUUAAUUCUCCGAUGGUGGAUCAACGCUCUGGAAAAACAUGAUCUGAGUCCUCGCUCUGAUUUCCUCCUUGCGUGAAACAUUGAUUCUGGUGAAGGAGUUCCGCACCGAUCGAGGAAACGCAAAUUGAACUGGAUACGCGGACUGUUCUGUCUCAAAAGCGAGCUUUAGUGGACUUUUAAUCGCCGUCGACAUGCCCGUCAACGGAGUUCGCGUGCUGCCGGACAUACCGAAGAAUAUGCCGAACAUGGAGAUCUUGAUCCGGGAGUUCGAAACGGGCUUCUCGACGUCGGCCAGCUGCCGGGAUACCGCAUCGAAGUUGUCGACUUCGAACGACGGCAACUUUGUCAAGAAGAUUGUCGAAGCUUACGAGUCAAGCGUAAGAGCGUCUAACGACAACAUUCAACGGGAACGAACUGACGAAAGAUCUAGUUUCUCUAACGCUCUUGACGUCGUCAAGAAUCGGAAGAACGUAGAGAAAAACGGCUCGAGUCCCGCGAUAUACGACGUGCCCAGCGCGCAAUGUCGAGACGACUUUAAGAAAAAAUCCAAGAUCUUUUUGACUUCAUUUGAGGCACGCGCGGUCGAAGAUGAUUUUGUUAUUCUUAAUCGGUAUCAUUCGGAGAGCGACGUAAAAGCAGUUUCGGAGACAUGGCCGAGAUCCCCUCCUAAGAUCAAUAUGUACAGCUGCAUGAGCGAAUUGUCGAUGAACGUACAAUCCAGUCCUUCGAGGAGGAUUGAGACACGGAACCCGAAGAAGAGGGAUAAAAAGUUAGAAUGUAAAACGAAGAAAAGCAAAUUAAUGAUUUGCUCAAGUCCUUUGGAGAAUUUUGAAGACAAAGACUUGGACUGCGAGGAUCCUCUUAAAGAUAUUUUAACAAGCUCUUACGAUUCAAGCACCAAUAAUAGCUACAGAAACUUACAAGCCGAUUUAUACGGCUUCGAAGACGAACUCGAACUCUCCUCAACUUCAUCAUCGUUGUCAUCGUUGAAGUCCUCCGUGGGGUCGUCGCACAAUAACAUGUUAAGCAUAAAUAAUGAUGACGGUAGUCUGCUAGUGGACUCAUCCUUCCAAGACGUAACCGUUACAUUUUCCAAAGAUAUUCCAGAGGCUCGAGAUAAUCUUCGAGAUCCUGAAUUGAUUCCAAGUCCGUCGUCCAACCGAAAGUCACCGCGAGCGAUCGGCGAAACGCCGGUUUCGCCGAAUGAAGAUCGGCCGAUCAAGCUCGACAACGACACCCGCGAGACGUGGAUAUCAGCUCUGGGCGAGAAGCUAUCUCGAAAGAAACCGCUGAAGAAAUUACUAAAGUCGGCAUUCAACGCUAAACUAUUGAGCUACGUGUGGAAAAAAUCGGCCGAAGAGAAGCAGCCGAGUGAGCGUACCUCCGACUCGGGAUUUAUCGAUCGGUUUCCGUCCUCUUCGUCCUCUUCCUCGCAGAAGUCCUGGUGCUCCGAUCCUAACGAGAGGCCGUUGACGCCGCCGACCUUUGGAACCUUCGGCCGCGCGAAAAACGCUUGCGUCAGCGACAAGACCCGAUCGAAGAGCUCUCGCAUGGUCUUGACUGAAGUGUCCCGCGAAGAGUUCACGAGCGAUUCUGAGCCUGCCGAUUCGACGACCCACUGGGUACCUUUGCGCGGCGCAACCACCGCCUACAAAGAAAACCACGGGAAUGUCGAAUCUUCGUUGAAGAGCCCGAUGCUCAAGAAUUCUUUCAAGUUGAAAGCCUCCGGUGGACACCCAUCGCUUCCCAAGCAUCCUUAUCUGACCCGAAACGGGAUUCCCAAACACCCCUUUGUCGCGGAGACAAAGUUGGAUCAAACAACGGAGGAGUUGAUAGAGGAGAGGGAAAUGAGAUGCAACGCCAAGGAACCUGAAUCUGAUACGCGUGAAUUGGAACCGUCAGGUACGUCGGCGUCGCCUGUGUCUCAAGCUAAAUUGAGUAUCUCGUACUCCAAGAUGUCUGGAUGUUUGGCUUCAUCUCCAAAUAACAACUGCGAUAUAUUGAGGUCACGUUCGUGCAAGUCGACGUCGGCGCUCGAUGGGCUCGUUCCUCAGCAGACACCGGUCAAUAACGUUCAUACGUUGUGCAACUUCAGCACGGAUUUCUUAUCUACCAUCAGGCGCAAUAAGCCACACGUGCCGAAAGAGCCCAGCACGCACCGUUACGCCACCGUGAGUCCAAGGAACUUUAGAUUUUCCAUGUCGCGGGAGAAAUCACGGGCGAUCGAGAGGAGUUUUGAUGCCUAGAAGAGAGCACCGGCGAUUCUUCCCCUCGGGAGAAACUUUCGGCUGGGUGGAAUUUUCCAGAUUGCGAUUUAAUCAAACUUCGCUGAAAUACGUCACGCUGGAUAGUAAUCUGUUUAAAUUACGAUCAAGCUUCUCACAAUCGAAUGUUGAUGUUCGAAAAUUAGUUAACGACCGUUUGACAAUUAUUUAUGGCUUAAAUUGUGCGCACGUCACUUUACUUAGGUUUAGGUUCGAUUCAAUGCCAUUGGUUACCGUCUGGUCAACGAGAGUCACUUCGAUUUAAGCUUGGUUCGCAGUAUUCGCUGCGUAAGCGCCGAAAUUGUCGACAGAUCAUUAGCAACGAAGCGACGGGUUUACCGCGUCAAUUCAUCCCGAUGUAUUGAUAUUAAUUGACACUGUGCAAAUCUCGAAGUAUACCGUUGUACAAUUGUUAUGCUCAAGCGAAUUCCGAUUUAAGAAUUUUUGACUGAUAAUUUGAUAAACUCUUGUUUAUAUAUUUAUCUAUUUAUUAAAAUUUAUUUGCACGUUCACGACGAUGCUCAACAAUGUUGAAUCUUGCAAUAAUUAUCUUGUGUAGUUUUAUAUUAGGUUGGCCAAUAAGUCCGUGCGGUUUUUUUACUUAUAAAUUUAUAAGUAAAAAAACCGCACGAACUUAUUGGCCAACCUAUUAGUUUUAUACUACCGAUUUCGAUGCGAGAUUAUUCUUACACGGUUAAAAGAAUGUGCCGCAACUAAAAAUGUAAUCCGAAAAGUUAAAAAUUCGAUUUGUAUCCGAUGUAUUGAUAUUAAUUGACACUGUGCAAAUCUCGAAGUAUACCGUUGUACAAUUGUUAUACUCAAGCGAAUUCCGAUUUAAGAAUUUCUGACUGAUAGUUUGAUAAACUCUUGUUUAUAUAUUUAUCUAUUUAUUAAAAUCUAUUUGCAUGUCUACGACGAUGCUCAACAAAGUUGAAUCUUGCGAUAAUUAUCUUUUGUAGUUUUGUAUUUUUAUAUUAUCUACCGAUUUCGAUGCGAGAUUAUUCUUGCACGGUUAAAAGAAUGUGCCGCAACUAAAAAUGUGAUCCAAAAAGUUAAAAAUUCGAUUUGUACGCGUCUCGUUUGUCUUUUUUUGAAAAAACGUCAGCAUGAAUAUUCGGAGAGAUUUCCAUCAAAGAGAGAAGUUGAGCGAUGACGUAUUUUUAUCUUUCGCAAAUUUUUCUACUGGAAAAAACUAAUAUAAUAACAUCUUGCUCGUUUUUCGUAAAUUUUGCGAAGUACCAUCGCACAUUUUUAAUAUCUCUUUUUCAGCUUUUUAAUAUUGUAUUCAAUUAAUCUUUCUCGUGUUGCGAAAGGUAAAAGAUAUUUGACAUGUGCGAGCAGUUCCAUUUACUUGUCCGUUUCUCUCGUCGAAACCGGUAGGUUCCAAUACACGACAGGUUCACGAUAUCGUGAAGAUCUCGUUCGUUUCUCACGAAAUGACACGACGAAGAUUCUUUCAAAGAUAAGGCCGUGCGAAGAGCGAUAUCAUGUAAUCUUUAUUCUUACUGACAAAAAUACGCUUCUCGAGUCUCUCGUAUUUCUUUCGGAAAUGUUGAAGAAGAUCUCGAGUAGCAGUGAACGAAUUAUUAGUUGUACGAUAGCGAUUUUGCAGCUCUUAAAGCAGAAACUUAUGUAUUAUUUACUAUUGUUAAGGGAUAAGUGACAUUUUGAUAUGAUAUUGUAUACAUCAAUUGAUUGUACAUAUUGUGCUCGAAGAAUUAAUA